UUUUUUAGUACUUUUUAGCAAAUAUAUUGUUUUUAUUGUAGAUAUCAUCAUUUACAAUAUGACAGAACGGAGAACAUAAGCCACCAUACUAAAAUAAGGAACAGGCAGGAAUCCAACAUGGUAUCCCAACGUAAGGUAACUGUAAAAGGAAACUGUUAUAAACACAAAUACAGGAGAAAGGAAAAAGAUAACAACGAAAACAAAUUGUUAGUGUAAGAAGUAGCGUUUUAUAUUGAAAGGUGUUUCACUUCCGCUCGUGUUCCGCAUUCGGCCGGCCGGCCUGACGUCACAUCCUGGCACUUCACCUCCACCUUCCAUGACGAGGAACAAUUUACAAAGGCGGUGUCGGCAUUCUUUGUAAACGUCGGCGGCGGUUUCAUCAGCAGCUCUUUUGCCGGGAGAGGAGUCGCUCUCAUCCGCACCCCCCCCCCCUUUUGUAGUAACCUUAAAUCCGUGCUAAAUGGCGGAAUAACGGGUGAACAAAGAUGAGAAAAACUCAUCAGAAAAGGUCGCUCGGGGGCCAAAGCCAGGUGCACAGGACGAGCCGGGACUUCACGUCUUUGAGAUAACACACCAUGCUGCUGCCCGGGCUGACCCACCUGGACCACCAGAGACACGGAUGGCGGCUCCUCGCCAGAACCCUGACCCAAGCCCACGUCGGCUCCUUUGCACACCGCGGUGAACUGCGUCGGGCCAAGAGGAUCGUAGUGAAGCUCGGCAGCGCGGUGGUCACCCGUGGCGAUGAAUGCGGCCUGGCUCUGGGGAGGCUGGCCUCCAUUGUGGAGCAGGUGGCCAUGCUGCAGAACCAAGGCAGGGAGAUGAUGAUCGUCACCAGUGGAGCCGUGGCGUUUGGCAAGCAAAGAUUAAGACACGAGAUCCUGCUGUCCCAGAGUGUCCGACAGGCGCUGCACUCAGGACACAAUCAGCUCAAAGACGUGUCUCUGCCAGUGCUGGAGGCCCGGGCCUGUGCUGCGGCGGGACAGAGCGGCCUGAUGGCGCUGUAUGAGGCCAUGUUCACCCAAUACACCACUUGCACGGCACAGGUCCUCGUGACUAAUCUGGAUUUCCACGAUGACCAAAAGCGGCAGAAUCUGAACAGCACGCUGCGGGAGCUGCUGCGUAUGAACAUCGUGCCCAUCAUCAACACCAAUGAUGCCGUGGUGCCGCCGCCGGAGCCCAACAGCGACCUGCAGGGGGUGAUCAGCAUCAAGGACAACGACAGCCUGGCGGCGCGGCUGGCUGUGGAGAUGAAGGCCGACCUCCUCAUCGCGCUGUCUGACGUGGAAGGAUUGUACAACAGCCCCCCUGGAACAGACGACGCCAAGCUCAUUGACAUCUUCUACCCUGGAGACCAGCAGUCCAUCAUCUAUGGCACAAAGUCCAGAGUUGGAAUUGGAGGCAUGGAGGCCAAGGUUAAGGCUGCCCUGUGGGCCCUGCAGGGGGGCACCUCAGUGGUCAUCGCAAAUGGCACCCACCCCAAAGUAACGGGUCACGUCAUCACUGACAUUGUGGAGGGCAAGAAAGUGGGAACUUUUUUUUCUGAGAUCCAACCUGCUGGCCCAACGGUCGAGCACCAGACUGAAAUGGCACGUAUCUCUGGAAGAACGUUGGCAUCUCUGCAACCACAUCAGAGGAGUGAGAUCAUCUGCCGUCUUGCAGAGCUGUUGACUGAAAAAAGUGAAGAGAUUCUCACUGCCAACAAGACGGACAUGGACCUCGCUGUACAUGCAGGCCAUUUGCCACCCGCCAUGCUAAAGCGCCUGAGUUUGUCACCAGCCAAACUCACCGCGUUGGCCGUCGGUCUGCGGCAGAUUGCUGUGGCGGCUCGGGACAGCGUGGGCCGCGUGCUGCGCAGGACCAGGGUGGCUCACAACCUGGAGCUGGAGCAGAUAACCGUGCCCAUAGGAGUCCUUCUGGUCAUCUUCGAGGCCCGACCUGACUGCCUUCCCCAGGUGUCCGCAUUGGCCAUAGCCAGCGGUAACGCCCUCCUGCUGAAGGGAGGCAAGGAGGCCGCCAACACCAACCGGAUCCUCCACCAGCUCGCCCAGCAAGCCCUUUCCGUGCACGGAGUCGGAGAGGCAGUGCAGCUGGUGAGCACUCGUGAGGAUGUGGAGGAUCUGUGCCGACUGGACAAGAUGAUCGACUUGAUUAUCCCUCGAGGAUCCUCCCAGUUGGUCAGGAACAUCCAGCGGGCCGCGAAGGGCAUUCCGGUGUUGGGCCACAGCGAGGGGAUCUGCCACGUCUACGUCGACGGGGAAGCCAGUGUGGACAAAGUCAUCAAAAUCGUCAGAGACUCCAAGUGCGACUACCCGGCUGCAUGUAACGCCAUGGAGAGCCUGCUGAUCCACAGGGACGUCCUCAGGACGCCGCUGUUUGACCAGAUCGUUGACAUGUUGCGCGCCGAACGGGUCAAGAUUCACGCAGGCCCUCGGUUCGCCUCCUACCUGGCGUUCAGCCCGUCGGAGGCAAAGUCCCUGCGGACCGAGUACGGCGAUCUGGAGUGCUGCAUUGAGGUGGUGGACAGCAUGCAGGAGGCUGUGGACCACAUUCACAAGUACGGCAGUUCCCACACGGACGUCAUCGUCACAGAAAAUGAGGACACAGCUGAGCAGUUCCUGCAGCUGCUGGACAGCGCCUGUGUUUUCUGGAACGCCAGCUCCCGCUUUGCUGAUGGCUACCGCUUUGGACUUGGAGCAGAAGUGGGUAUCAGCACCGCGCGGGUCCACGCCCGAGGACCCGUGGGGCUGGAGGGGCUGCUCACCACCAAGUGGCUCCUGAGAGGCGACGGGCACGCUGCGGCGGACUUCUCCGAGCAGGGUUCCAUGGAGUACCUCCACCAAGAGCUGCCUGUGGAGCGGCCUCCUGCUGGGCAGAGGGAAAGCAACUAGACCAGAGGCGUCCCGCCCACUGGGCCUUCAUGUUCAGCAGCAGCUCCCCUCUGGUGUUCCUGUUUACACUUCAGAACAUCUCUAAGAGUUUACACAAGUUUGCGUUCUACCUCGGCCUGUGGUUCUUUCACACCAGUUGGGUGAGUCAAGCAGAAUGGGGGAAGCUAAGAUGAAAUACUUGAGACUAAAUCUAUGCUGAUUCACAGAAGUUCUUCACUGUUAUAUGCACAAUUACAGAGACGCAGUCGUUGGCGAAAGGCUCCCAUCGUAAGUGCUCAUUUAAACAAACGGUACAGCGGUGUUGUUGUUUCCAGCUAAUUUAAUCAGUGGCACAGUUUGUGAUUCUCUCUAGCUUUAAAAACACAGUAUCAUGAUUAUGGGCAAGUUGUAUCUUUAUCUAUGAUGCAUUUAUUUGAUGUUGUAUAUCAUUCUGACCAGAAGAAGUUCCUGCUCUAAAUGUACAUAUAUUCUAUAAUAAGGCCUCAUUUUAUUUUAGCUGAUUGCAUUGGCUCAUGCUGACUCUAAAGUAUGUGCUUUCUUUGUUCAUGCAACAACCCUUUUUUUAUUUUUCUUGCUGUUAUUUCAGAUUGAAGUUCUUUCUAAAUGUACAGGUAUUAUUUUAGAUGUUGAUCUAUUUGUAGUUUCAGGUUAGGAACGAAUGCUGUAACAUUUUAGACAACAGCACUUUCUCUUAGUUUAACUCAAUCCAGGUGUGUUACAGAUUGAGAUUUCCUCGUAUUGAAACUUAAUGACAUUUAUUCUCCACAUUCAGAAAUGUAUCUCUUUUAUUUGACAGCAAUCCAAGGUAGAAUACUUUUUAAAGCAUCCAUUUUAGAGAAAAAACCCCUUCUUGUUCCAACUUAUGCCCAUUGUUCCAAGCCUUGCGCUCUCCUGCUCGUUCAUCGCGAUGCCCAAAGCCUCCGUCAGAGCAGCAACGGUAAUUGACAAGCUGCCUCCUUCAAGCUGGAGGGGCAAAUGCGACGGCUUUUAAAUUAAGCCCUGUAACAUUCCAGCCUCUGAGCUCCUUUCUGAUGUCUUACAACGCGCACCUAAGGAUUGGUUUGGCUUGUAUAAUAGCAAUGUUUUAGAAUAAAAAGAAAUGUUGAAAGAGAAUA